UCAUCGGUACCACUGGCCGCAGUGAUCGAUGAAACUCCGGCACGUCCAGCACCAAAACCAGCAGCACCAAGUGCUCCACGUGGUGGUGGCAAAGCACUGAAGCUUGGCUCGAAAGCAACAGAUGAUGACCAAUUUUUGAAACAACUCAAAAGUGAAGGGCAAGUGGUUGAUGCACCAGCACGCGCCACAGGAACAUCGGGUGUUAGCGGCCCAAGCUCCGUUCAGCUGGAUGCAUCGGCUGUAUCACGUCUGCCUGUUCAUAUCAAAAUUGAGGAAAAACUCUCAGCAGUGGUUUCGCGUGAUGGCGGACUUGAGAAUGGAGAGGUCCAGGGCAGUGUUGCACUAUCACUUAGUGAUCCACAGUUUGCCACAAUUUCUGUUCGAAUCGCCAAUAAUGACAAGCGUGGAGCACAGUUGCAGGUGCACCCAAAUUUGGACAAAAAAGAGUGGCAGGAAAAUUCGUUGCUGAAACUGAAGUCGGUGCAGAAGCCAUUCCCGGUGAACAUGGAUGUGGUGAACUGUUGGCCGAAUGAAAAUCCGGAUGGAUGUGUUGUAAAUAUAGAAUACACUCUUCAAGCUGAACAAAUGACGCUUAAUAACGUUGUUAUUGUUAUUCCUCUGCCGCCAGCGACAGUGCCGGUAAUCUCGGAAUGUGAAGGAAGUUACGAAUAUGUGAAAUCGCGAUCACAGCUUGUUUGGAGUUUACCGGUUAUUGAUGAAACAAAUAAAACUGGUUCACUGGAAUUUAGUACUCCAAAUGGACAAUCCGAUCACUUUUUCCCCGUCACUGUGCGCUUCACGAGCAGCGACUUGUUCUGUGAUAUGGCUGUAAGUCAUCUCGUUACUUUUCUUAUAUCACAUUAUUGCGUUACCCUACGAAUUCGCAGAUGA